UCCGUGUCCGUCGUCGUGGUAGGGUCGCGGCGCACGUUUUUCCCCCGCGGGCCGCGCGCGCGUUCCUCUUUUCUCUCUCCGUGUCGUGUUUUCCGUCAUUCCGCGAGCGAGCGAGCGAGCGAGCGCGCGCAUCGCUUUGCUCCAAGCACAACAAAAUAUUUUGGAGAAAUCCGCCGGUUGUGCCUGCGUGCGUGAGCGCGAUUCGGAGUACAUACCAACACGCCCAGCCGCUCCAUGUGCGCGCGCGUGUAUAACGCCGCCUGAUGUUUACGGAUCCGACGUAGUGUUGUUCCCGAUCGCUCGCUCGUAUCGUGUGUACCGCGCGCGCGCGCGCGCCUCUGUCCUCCGGCAGCACGGCGAAGUGACUACCGACGACGAACUGGUUUCUUCUAUCGUCGUGAACUGAGCGUGUUUUAUUCAGCGUGCUAGAAAAUCUCGAGCGCCGGCCGUUUUUAUCAGGACACCGAGGGACAAUGGAUUAAUUCUCGCCGGGGUUGCGAGAGCAGCUACCAGGCGCGGCGGGCUGCGACUGCUCGGUUAUAAGCGGAGCGGAGCACAGCGGGAGUGAGCGAUAAAUCAAGACUGCCAUUAUGCGAGCUAUGCAGCCAUGAGUCGAACGUCCUUGAGCACGAGAUCCGCGCGACGGACAAAGCUAUUUCCCACACGAACAAUGACGAAUCUGUUAACGUUGUUGGUGUUCGCGACGACGUUUUCGAAUGUAUUACCGGAAUCGGCGAUAAAUCCGAUAGGUAGUAUCAUCGGAUCGGGGCCUGGAGUCUCUUCCUCGUCCGGCAGCUCCUCAUCCUCGUCGUCGUCGGUGAUCGGCGUGGUGUCCGACAGCUCCAGUCCCAGCGGCAACGGGGUUGGCGGUGUUGGAAACGGCAACGGCGUUGGUGGCGUCGGCGGUAGUGUAAGUGGUGGCCAUUCCAGUAUAAAUGGGGGAGGUGGCGGGCAUUCCGGCAUCGGAGGCGGCAAUGGGAAGGGUCGCUGCGAAGAGAUCACAAUUCCUAUGUGCCGCGGUAUCGGCUACAAUCUCACCGCCAUGCCGAACGAAUUGAAUCACGACACGCAGGACGAGGCCGGCUUGGAAGUGCACCAGUUCUGGCCGCUGGUAGAGAUAAAGUGUUCGGCGGAUCUCAAGUUCUUCCUGUGCUCCAUGUACGCGCCGAUCUGCCUGCCGGAGUAUACGAAACCACUACCAGCGUGUCGCAGCGUGUGCGAGCGAGCGCGAACGGGUUGCGCGCCCUUAAUGCAGCAAUACGGCUUCUCGUGGCCGGAGAGAAUGGCAUGCGAACGUCUGCCGUAUCACGGCGACCCGGAGAACCUGUGCAUGGAACAGGAUAAUCACACCAGCACUAGUACAGGAUCUGGUGGCAGCGGUGGCGCGGCGAGCAGCGGUGUCCCGGGACAACCGCCGGGUCCACCGGCGCGGCCCACACGGCCCAGCAAGACUUCGCAGCCGCUCCGUCCCUGUAAGGGCAAGAAUCAAAAAAACUGCCAGCACCCCCCGGGGGAGAGGACGAGGGACUGCGCGUGCAGAUGCAGAGCGCCCCUCGUGCCCCUGGGGGCGGGUGGUACGGGAAUGUCAGGACCGAUAAGCGCCGUCAGCGGCAGCGUCAUCGGGAGCGGCAGCACCGGGGCCAACACGGGAGCUGGUCUGGCCGGCAUGGCCGUAAGUGGGAUAAUGCCGGCGCCGGCACCGCCAUCGAUGGGAGGUAUCGGCCGAAGCAUCAUCCAGGAGAUCGCGGGGGUGCAGAACUGUGCCUUGCCGUGCCGCGGCGCGUUCCUCACCAACGAGGAGCGCGAGUUCGCGGCCGUCUGGUUGGCGCUCUGGAGCGGCCUAUGCGCCGCCAGCACUCUCGUGACCGUCACCACGUUCUUAAUCGACACCCAGCGUUUCAAGUAUCCUGAGCGACCGAUCGUCUUCCUGUCAGCGUGCUACUUCGUCGUGUCCGUGGGAUAUUUGUCGCGCAGCGUGUUCGGCCACGAAGAAAUCGCCUGCGACGGCCCGGCUUUGAAAUCGGGCGCCCAGGGCCCGGGCACCUGCGUCACCGUUUUCCUCCUGAUUUACUUCUUCGGGAUGGCUUCCUCCGUGUGGUGGGUGAUCCUGGCGUUCACGUGGUUCCUCGCGGCAGGUUUGAAGUGGGGCAACGAGGCGAUAGCAUCGUACUCGCAAUAUUUCCAUCUGGUGGCGUGGCUGGCCCCGACCGUGCAAACGGUUUGGGCGUACGUCGCGGGUGGCGUCGCCGGUGACCCGGUAGCUGGAGUUUGUACGGUCGCACCCGAGGGAGUGCGCAAUUUCAUCCUGGCGCCUCUGUUCGUCUAUCUUUUGCUGGGCACGACUUUUCUGCUGGCUGGCUUCGUGAGCCUCUUCCGAAUUCGAUCGGUGAUCAAGCGUCAGCCCGGGGCUAAGGCGGAUAAAUUGGAAAAACUGAUGAUACGGAUCGGCGUGUUCAGCGUCCUUUAUACGUUACCAGCCGGCGUGGUGUUGGCGUGCCAUAUCUACGAGUCGUCUCUGCGGGACGAGUGGCUCAGUUCACUGGCGUGUCCCUGUCACCCACGGGCAAGACCGCUCUACUCGAUCCUGAUGUUGAAGUACUUCAUGGCUCUCGCGGUCGGCAUUACCUCAGGAGUCUGGAUCUGGAGUGGCAAGACAGUCGACUCCUGGAAACGACUAUGGAGGCGCUUAUUCGGCGGCGAUCGCGGCCACAUGGGCGCCGGCGCCGGAAUGGUGACCGGCGUGACCGGCGUCGGCGGCGGUAUUGGCAGCGUUGGCAUCAAGGGCGUCGUGGGACGUGGUAUCGCGAUGCCAUACCCGUCGGCGCCGGGUCCGGGCAGCGCCCUGUUACCCCCAGGCAGCGUCGCCAGCGCGUCCCAGCAUCACCUGCAUCAUCACGUACUCAAGCAACCGCCGCUUUCGCACGUAUGA